AAUCUUUAUAUUUCUCCAGAGCUGCCCCAGACUACACUCACCCUGGAGCCUCCAUUCCCAGAGAUAUUCACUGGGGAGACAGUCACUCUGAGGUGUGGGGUUGAGGGGGGUUCUGCUGGCUGGAAAUAUCUCUGGUACAAAGACAGUGAGGUCACUCCAGUGCUCCAGACUGCUGGCCGCAGUAUAACUGGUGACAGCUGCACCAUCACUGCAGCUGCUGUAUCUGACCAGGGCCAAUACUGCUGUCGAGGACAAAGAGGAGAUCAGCCACUCUACUCAAAGCUCAGUGAUAAAGUAAUAUUAACUGUGUCUGAUACAUGGGUGAUUCUGCAGACGCCCCCCCAGCCUGUGAUUGAGGGAGACUCUCUGACUCUAAGGUGUCGUGUCCGCACAAAUUAUACAUUUUCUAGGAUUGUCUUUUUUAAAGAUAAUGAAGAGAUUCAGUCCCAGAAUAACACAGAGCUGAGUGUGGAUCGUGUUUCAAAGAGUGACGAGGGGUCCUACAAGUGCAGAGCGAUGUGGAACUCCUCAACUUACUCUGGUGACUCUGCAGAGGUGCGGGUGUCAGUGAGAGAGCUGUUCUCCAGGGUGACUCUGACAGCCUCUCCAGGAGCCACAGUGAAGAAGGGAGAGGCUCUUAACCUGACCUGUGAGGCAGCAGUGAACAAAACCCCCCGCCCUGAACUCCACUACACCAUUGUGAGAGACGGGGAGCCUGUGACUAACAGCAGUGACUCUGCACUGUACAGCAUAGCCAGCACUGAGAAGAGCCACACUGGGAGCUACACGUGUGCUGUGGAGUCACAGGGAGUGAAGAAGAGCAGCCAGGAGCUACACAUUGAAGUGGAUACGUCCUGGCACAGCGCUGUUGCUAUUGGCUACAGAGUGAGCUUCACUCUGAUUCAUUUCAUUGUGUUCACUCUGCUGCUCCUUCAAUACUGCAGGAUCCAAGGUUCCCUGUGUAUUGCUGGCGGUACAUCACGGAAAACCUCGGAUCAGGAUCAGGAGCAGUCAGCAGAGAGGAUUGAGCUCUGCAGCCGUGUGCAGCACACUGGAGUGGAACUGCAAUAGUAUUGCACUGUCGUACUGAAGACCAGCCUGACUGCCAUGUCUUAGAACUGCUGUGAAUAUCUGUUCAAACUGCGGCUGUAGUUUACAGAAAAUGACCAUUGACUGGGGUAUUUUCUAAGACCUCAAAACAAAUGGAUUAUUCAUUGAUUGUUUGAUUUAAUUCAUUUAUUUAAUAGAUUGCUUGAUUGCACAGUGUAACUUGAAGUGCAUUACUGAACAAUGUAUGUAUUCAUAAGCUAUCCUUUAGU